GGUUACAAGAACAUAAAGGAUGAGAUUCAUGAGACCAAACCCAGAAUCCUCUCUUGAGUAGUAUAGAAUUGGCGAGGUGUGGUUUAAAAGAGAGAAAAGAGAGCUGAGGACCGGACAGGGAGUGUUUGAGAUGUCGGAUCCGUACGAGAGAGUGAAAGGAGGGAGGCUGACCUUCAAAGGGGGAAGCCUCGCGAGCCGCAGCAAAUCCAUCGACAAGAAGAAGCACAAGAAGAAGAACAAGAAUCACAACCCAAAGGUCGAUGAAUCCGAGCCUUCGUUUCCCUUAGACGUGGAGGCGGAGAUUCAGGUUGCCGAUGAUGCGGGCGAUGAAUCUGGAAAAGCGGAAGGAGCGCAAGUAGUUUACACCAUCGACGCGGCCAAGCGCAUGAAGUACGAGCAGCUCUUCCCCGUGGAGACCAAGAAGUUCGGUUACGAUCCCAAGUCUAUUUCCAAGUCCGUCGAGGACGCUCUCGACGAACGGGUCAAGAAGAAGGCCGAUCGUUACUGUAAAUAAUUUCCAUAUCAACCAUCUUUUUGGUUCAGGCAUGAGAUGCACAAUGGGAUGGUUGAGUUUGCGGAGAAGUCUAGUUUGGAAACUUUGGUCUCUCAGAAGUAGCCAGGAAAGCUAUAUGCUCUGUACUGCACUCAAAUGAGGAAGAUACCAUUCCUUUGUUUACCCUAUCUGCUCUUCUUUUAGUAAGCCCUUGUUAUAUUGUAAUCGUUGUAGACCAUAUUUAGGAGCCAUUGUCUAAGGCAGAUGAUUUUAUUUAGUAAUAUGCUAAGUUGUAAGAAACACCAAGAAUAGAAAAUUACAUGGACGCGGCUUCGAUUGGAACCAUCAGGCAGAGUUGAUGCUGUGGGCUGGGUGACGUUUUACAGGCCCAACACAAUGUAGGAUGGACAGAGCAUCCUGAAUAAUCCACAUGCAUUUCCUUGCAUUUUAGGGAUAUUUUUCCAUUGGAGUGCAUCAUAUUUGCAUGCAUCCAGUAAAAGCAGUUUACACAGCCGUGGCUAGCGUUUGUCCUUGUGCCUAUAAUAGGACUGGUAGAUAACUCUUCAGCAUGAGUGGUGGGAACAAUGAUUGACAGGCUUGUAGCAUGCGGACGGAACAGUGGUUGGUCUAUAAAAUGGUAGCUGCUUUUGUAUAACCGAAGCAUUAAAUUUUGAUUUUAAGAUGGCUUUUGUUUUACUGAGGUUUAAAUGAUUUUAUAGACCAUUGGAUUUAAAAUGAA